AGUUGAUUCUUCUGACGUCUGGUGACACAGAGCCCACCUCUUCCUGUCGGUGUCAGAAAGGCAACUUCACCAUAUUUAGCUGGCUCGCUGAAGCCCCGCAGAGUUGAUCUGUCAACCAGACUGAAAAUCUUGACACUUAUCGGCGGACACUGCCCGGUGUUGACAGGCUUUAUUUUAGCACCGGGAUACAAACUACAGAAGACGACGUGGUUGGGAUAUCGUGCGUCGGAAACGGGGCCGUGUCAACGGCUGUUUUUAACGCGAUAAAAGUAGCCAUCGUCUGUCAGAAUUCCAACAAUCCAACAGCCGAGCUAGCCAGAUAGCUAAUUACUGUAGCUACCCAGACGCUCGCUUUGCAGAAGAUACGAAUUUAUGUCGUCUCUGUCAAUGUUCAGUUAUCGGUAGGAAUUCAUUUGGACUCAGUGAUCCAGCUGCGAUGAUGUCCUGACAGCUCCUCUCGUUCGUUCCAGCCUCUUCCCUAAGCCUGGCUAGCGAGCUAACUUGGCUAACUAGCAGGUUUUCACUGCCACAGCGUCGCGUUGAGCAACCAGUAGCUUUCGCCGUGGCAGUGAGAUCCGUUGGAUUGGAUACGUUGACAGUGUGCGAACGGCGGUGUGCGGGGGCGCCGAAGACCCCCGGUCGGCGAAACGACUGUACCGAAGGCCCCCUUUUGACAGCCCGCAGAGAGAGGAGCUAGCAGAGACCAGGGCACUUGGCCAUUCAGCAGAGGCGGUGCACUGCCGAAGGAGACACCGGAUUGAACGGAGGAAGAGUCCCAAACGUUUGACACUUGUGAUCCGGGAAGUGAUCCGGGCAGAGACCUCAUGAAUGGAAAUCGGAACUACAGGAGCCGUUGGGGCCCAGUCCCUGUUCUCCAUGCCACGGCGGCCUGGCUAUGGCACCAUGGGGAAGCCCAUCAAGCUGCUGGCCAACUGCUUCCAGGUGGAGAUCCCCAAGAUGGAUGUCUACCUCUACGAGGUGGACAUCAAGCCUGACAAGUGUCCACGGCGAGUCAACAGGGAGGUGGUUGACUCUAUGGUGCAGCACUUUAAGGUGACAAUCUUUGGGGAUCGCAGGCCAGUUUAUGAUGGAAAGAAGAGCCUGUACACAGCCAAUCCACUGCCUGUCGCACCCGCAGGGGUGGACCUGGAUGUCACUUUACCAGGGGAGGGAGGGAAAGAUCGCCCCUUCAAAGUUUCCAUCAAGUUUGUGUCUCUGGUCAGCUGGCACAUGCUCCACGAGGUGCUGACUGGCCGCAGCAUGCCUGAGCCCCUGGAGCUGGACAAGCCCAUCAGCACCAACCCUGUACACGCAGUGGAUGUGGUGCUGCGACACCUGCCCUCCAUGAAGUACACUCCGGUGGGUCGGUCCUUCUUCUCGGCUCCAGAGGGCUAUGACCAUCCCCUGGGAGGUGGGAGGGAGGUUUGGUUUGGUUUCCAUCAAUCUGUGCGCCCUGCCAUGUGGAAGAUGAUGCUUAACAUUGAUGUGUCUGCCACCGCCUUCUAUAAGGCCCAGCCAGUCAUCCAGUUCAUGUGUGAAGUGCUGGACAUCCACAACAUAGACGAGCAGCCUCGCCCUCUCACAGACUCGCACCGGGUCAAAUUCACCAAAGAAAUCAAAGGUUUGAAGGUGGAGGUGACACACUGUGGAACCAUGCGGAGGAAGUACCGCGUCUGCAACGUGACCCGUCGGCCUGCCAGCCAUCAAACGUUCCCUCUACAGUUGGAAAAUGGCCAGACUGUAGAGCGUACUGUAGCCCAGUACUUCAGGGAGAAGUACAACCUGCAGCUUAAGUACCCACAUUUGCCCUGUCUACAGGUGGGCCAAGAGCAAAAGCACACCUACCUUCCCCUGGAGGUGUGUAACAUUGUAGCUGGUCAACGGUGCAUCAAGAAGCUGACAGAUAAUCAGACCUCCACUAUGAUCAAAGCCACAGCUCGCUCUGCACCCGACAGGCAGGAGGAGAUCAGCAGGCUGGUGCGCAGUGCCAACUACGAGGCAGACCCUUUUGUGCAGGAAUUCCAGUUCAAGGUGCGAGACGAGAUGGCCCACGUGACAGGGCGAGUGCUACCCGCCCCCAUGCUGCAGUACGGCGGCAGGGUGAGCACAGAGCACUUUAUGAACCGCACUGUAGCCACGCCCAGCCAUGGGGUGUGGGACAUGAGGGGGAAGCAGUUCCACACCGGGGUUGAGAUCAAGAUGUGGGCCAUCGCCUGCUUCGCCACACAGAGGCAGUGUCGGGAAGAAAUCCUAAAGGGUUUCACAGACCAGCUGCGUAAGAUCUCUAAGGAUGCUGGGAUGCCCAUCCAGGGCCAGCCAUGUUUCUGUAAAUACGCCCAGGGAGCGGACAGCGUGGAGCCCAUGUUCAGACACCUGAAGAACACCUAUGCCGGCCUGCAGCUCAUCAUCGUCAUUCUGCCGGGAAAGACUCCUGUCUAUGCGGAGGUAAAGCGUGUGGGAGACACCCUUUUGGGCAUGGCCACGCAGUGUGUUCAGGUGAAGAACGUGGUGAAGACCUCACCUCAGACCCUCUCCAACCUCUGCCUCAAGAUCAAUGUGAAGCUGGGAGGCAUCAACAACAUCCUGGUACCUCACCAACGACCAUCAGUGUUUCAGCAACCAGUUAUUUUCUUGGGAGCAGAUGUUACACAUCCACCUGCUGGAGAUGGGAAGAAGCCUUCAAUUGCAGCAGUGGUAGGUAGUAUGGACGCCCACCCCAGCAGAUACUGUGCCACUGUGCGGGUCCAGAGGCCCAGACAGGAGGUCAUCCAGGACCUGGCCUCCAUGGUCCGGGAAUUGCUCAUCCAGUUCUACAAGUCAACCCGCUACAAGCCCACCAGGAUCAUUUUCUACAGGGAUGGAGUUUCAGAAGGCCAGUUCAGACAGGUGCUGUAUUAUGAGCUGCUGGCCAUUCGUGAGGCCUGUAUAAGCCUGGAGAAGGAGUACCAGCCAGGCAUCACCUACAUUGUUGUGCAAAAACGCCACCAUACACGCCUCUUCUGUGCCGACCGCAACGAGAGGGUUGGACGUAGUGGAAACAUUCCUGCUGGUACUACCGUGGAUACGGACAUCACACAUCCCUACGAGUUUGACUUUUACCUCUGCAGUCACGCUGGAAUACAGGGCACCAGUCGGCCCUCUCACUACCAUGUACUGUGGGACGACAAUUGUUUUACCGCUGACGAGUUCCAGCUGCUCACCUACCAGUUGUGCCACACCUACGUGCGCUGUACCCGCUCAGUCUCCAUCCCUGCGCCAGCCUACUACGCCCACCUGGUAGCCUUCCGUGCCCGCUACCAUCUGGUGGACAAAGAACAUGACAGCGCUGAGGGCAGCCAUGUGUCUGGUCAGAGUAAUGGUCGGGACCCCCAGGCGCUGGCCAAAGCUGUUCAGAUUCACCACGACACCCUGAGGACCAUGUACUUCGCCUGAGCUACACCAACCCUCAUUAACCAUUGCCACCCUUAACACACACACAGAAACACACACAGACAGUCAAAGGAGUCCUCAUAUGUGCAAGUCCCGCCCCCCCCCCAUACGCCUAGUCAAUCCGGACCUGACACUGUGCAGAGGAAAGCAGGGAGAAGGGAGGGGAGGAGGCACCCCACACUGGACUGAGGAUGCAAAAGCUGCUUUAAAAACAAAUGAAAGAAACUCAGCACUAUUAUGCAAUAUUAAACCAGCCAACUAGUUUAUUUUCAUCCUUAUCAGGCCCCCUUUAUAUUGCCCCUCCUAUUUGUUCUUUCCCGUUUGUCUCUUUUACUUGUGGUCGAGUGUGUGUUUUUCUUGUUUGUUUUUUACUUUUCCCUUCCUUUUGGCACAAUCGUUCUUUAUAGUCUACUAAUCUGCUCAUUUGCCAUCGACAGUACCUCAAGUCAGUCUGAGCAGCAGCACUUUUACAUUCUGUCAGUUUUACUGUAGUUUGUUGUUGAUUCUCUCCAGUGUUAGAAAUGAGGUAGCACAGAAGGAAGGGUCAGACUCUGGAGUUGUUACGUGGUGUUUGAUUUAUUUUGGAAUAUAGUUAUUUAAUUGGACCAGAGGUCCUCUCAGUUGCCACUUUUAUUUUUCCUUUUUCCUCUUGUUUCCUCUGUUCUGUCACUUUUCACAUACUGUGUGAAAUCACCAGUUAUUUCUAUGAAGCGACAUGUUCUUUUGAGCACACUGCCACCUGCUGGCAACGAGGUAUAAAUGCCCACUUAAAGUCACAACAAGGAGUUGUUGUCUUAUAAGGUUUCAGAUCAGUUUUGAUUUAUCUUUAGCAGUCACCUGUCACGUUUAAACAGGGACAGUUUAUAUUGGCUGAUAUAUCAAUUGCAGCCAUCUAUGGAAUUCAGUUAAAGUAUAACACUGUUAUUUAAUUCUGGUUUUUAUUUUUCUUCUACAUUAUGUGAACCAUUUUAUGAUUCUGACUGUUUUUUAAUCAUUUAAAUCAUGUAAGCUUAUGUUUUCAAUCUUAGUAGUCGUCAUGCAUUCAUUUCCCUCAGUGCUUUAUCUCACAUUUCUUGCUCUUGAGUUUGAGAUGGUGGGUAAAUAGAGAUCACGUCGAUGGUUUCCUCUAGUGCAAUAAUCAGUUGAAACGAAGGGAAGAGGAUUUUAGGGGACUUAAACAACUCAAAAGAACAGUUGCACAUUUCGUUUGAAAGUGAAUGUCCUCAAAAAGAGAAAAGUGUGCCACUUGCUAGGCACUUUCAUGUAUUGCUCCACUAUGAGACGAUUGAUCAGCAAACCUUUGAGUUUGCCCUUGCUGUUGGGCAAAAAUGGUGCAACUGCAGUUUUGGUGAUUUUCAUGUAUUUACUUGAAUUGAAGGAUGUCAUGCCCUUCUGUGGUUUGAGAAUACUUUGUCUUUAAUGGGCAUAAUUUCAUAAUUUCUGAUCAUCAGUUUGCUAAUGAGGCUGAUUUUCUUAAUUCCUAAGAAUGACAAAGCUGACCGCAGCAAAGUGGAGUAUAAAGGCCAUAAAGAGGUAGUAUUCAAGUGCCUGGUGGAAGUUAAGUGUUAAAUGGUCAAAAGCUGCAUAACUCAUUAUAGGGAUCCUAUUUCAGUGGGGUAAAAUAAUCAGAAAUCAUAUUCCAACAAAUGGACAGCAUAAGAUGGUUUAAAGCAAGAAAGUUUCACCCGAUGCCUCUUCUCAACAAUGUCUACUGACUUUUCUAUACAUCUCAUUCAAAUCAUCCCAAGAUCAAUGCAUUUAUUGUGUUUACCUAUACAGCAGUGUUAGCUGUUGGCUUUGCUUCGGAGCAGCGUUCAUGCAAAGCAGGCCUAGUUGUCUUUUUGCUUAAUCUUCACCAGACAUGGAUCCAGCUGCUACAGUGUGUUUGUACCUAAAAGGCCGGGUUCAUGGGCAUGGAGUCAUACUCGUCAUAAACUAAUUCUGUCAAUAAACUGUUUCUUUCAGUAGAAAUCCUAAGUCCACGACUAGGUUUAAUUCCUGUCCAUGUAACCGGCCCAGAGUUGCGACUGGCUUCAGAACAAUGCUGAGGAGUUAAGUUGGUGACCAAUAUUUGCAGCAGAAGUACAGCUGACUGUUGAUAUGAAAUGUGUAUGUGGAUUAUAGUCACCACUUAGCUCCUCUGUGCCGUUGAUGACCUGAAGCUCGUCCGGGGGGGUGUUUUUAAAAGUUAUCUGCACUAAAAGAAGCUGUGUUUCGGGACUGAACACAGGCGUGGUGCUACUCUGUCUGAAUUAGAAUCAGAAGCUGAACCUCUAUAUUAGACUUUAGGUGAGCAGGUGGUUAGGGUAGAAGAAGGAAAAAAAAAAAACAGUAAACCUCACUCACUUAAAGACAGGAGAAGGUCCCACUGCUGUGGUUGUUGCGGGGAGCUCUAGAUUUAGGAUGUCACUAGUUGAUCAGCAUUGUGAACCUGUAAACGGUACAAUGGCAGACGUUUUCUUGGACAGUGAGGUAUAAUGUAGGGUCCUGCCCCCCGCUGUUGCAUUUGACUGCCUUUCAUAGGCUAGCCUUCCAGUAUGGAAGCCAGUGGGUUUGAGCCUUCGUGAUUUCACUAGUGUCUGAAAGCCUUUUUAAAAGCCAGAUCGAAAGUAUAUUUGUACAAAUUAUGUAACACCACUUAUUUUUGCUAACAGAAAAAAAAAGUAGUCUAAUUAUUAAUCUUAGUAAUAAAUGUAUCAUGAUAAGUAAUGGUUAAAAAUAUAUAAUAACAAAGUUUUAUUAUUGCAAUAGACUGUUGACUUGUUCCUGUGUCACUAUAACGUAUAGUGUAUGUGUGAACAGUGGUGGGUUGUUGAAACUAGUGACAUGUGUUUGGACUGUCAUACUGUUAUUAAUAAGGAUGUGGACUUAAACCGCCUCUUGCUUUGAUGUUUGGGGGAAAAAAAGCUGCAAGAUGCUGAAUGCUUUUUUUCUCUUCCUUUUUUUGUAGAUGUUGCGUACAGUUGGAGGUUUGUUAGUGGAGAGAAAUAUUACAUACUGAAAGAUUUUGUAUUAAUCCAUUGCAUCCCCAUUGUGGUGACAAACUGUAGAAUGGGAAGACGAGUCGGUUGGUGUAUUGAGCUGAGUUUGUGCUCUUGAAUGUUCUCGGGUUUUCUUCAACUGGUGCCUGCUCCUUUAUCAAGAUAAAGAGUGAAAAGGAAUGGGAAAGUGGUUUUGAAAGUGUUGUUGAUCCAUUUCAAGGACACGUGGGAUCAAACAAUAUCCUAACAAGGGGUAGUAGUUCUCCAUUCCUUUGUGUUAAAGCCUCGGGGAGAUUGCAACCUCUGUUGCUUUCCUCAGACUCCUCUCCUCACCCGAGCCACUUCAUGUGCUCACAAAUACAAAGAGUUAGCUUGCCGGUAAAUCUGUGGUGUGACAAAGCCUGUAAUCUUAUUGUUGCUCUCUUUCCCCUUUGCUCUCGAACAUUUACUCCCCUGUGCCAGAGGACUACAUUCUAAAGUGUACAAUCCCAUCCGAUCCCCCUGGGAGGUGUAAGAAAGAUUAGAGCUGAAGGACAAUAGUGGGGUCUGGUCAGUAAGAUAUAGGCUAGUGGGUUCUGUUAUUCAUUCAAGUACGUGUGAUUUGGAAGGAAUCAAAGCUGAGCAAUGAUAACUUUAUGCGGCAGGUUAUGUUGGAAGUUGAACAAGUCUGGAGGUUGAUUGUGAGACUUUGAAUCCAUUUAUAACUCACUAUCUCUGCUGUCUGUAAUGGAUGUUCAGUUUGUGUAUAAACAACACUCUUGAGGGCAUUUAAACACAUGUUUACAUAGCAGAUGUGUUUGCCUUGCUUACAACUGUCAUCAGCUCUGCUUUGCAAAUAUUAGCUAGUAGAGAAGUAACCUAACAUGAGUAAGACCAUUUGGGGUCUGUGGAAGUGAACGCUUGAAGGGAUACGUAGUAAGACAUUAUUUAUUUGGUCAAUUUUUCCUCAACGGACAUCUGUGUUACAUGGCAGGGGAAUAGACUUGUUUGUCCUUCCAGUUCUGUUAAAAUGACUUGUUAUAAUGACUGAAAUAAAAGGGUACACUCAUCUCACAGCUUGUAACUAGCAGUGGCCUUUGGCUCUCAACUAGGAUUGCUAACAAUACAGACAAGUAUUUUUAUGGAAGCUGAAGAACAAACAUCUUACACACAAACUGGUGAAGAAAAAUAGCCAAAUUAACUUAAAAAGGUCAGUGUCUCCCUUUUUAAAUGGAAGUAAAGGUGUAUUCCAUCUCAAGUAAUCGAUCAAUAUCCCUGAUUUUGGUUGGUCUCUAUUUGCAGUGGAAAGUAGCAAUGGAGUGAGGAAAAAGUCCACAGAAAGUGCCUUUCCUGUUGAUGGUGCUGUAAAUUGAAAGAUAAAAUGUAAAAUCAAACAAAUAGAAUCUCCUUUUCAAGAACACAUUGCAAUGCAGGAAGUGGCUGCAGUUACACACACUCACUGUACAUGUUUGUUUUUUAGUUUCAUGUAUUUAGAUAUUAAACCUACAUAGAAAUAGGAUAUAUGCCAAGUAUAUGGUUGUGGUUUAGCUUUCGCUUCCUAGUGCAUUUAGUGUCUUGGACCAAUGGUGUCAUUGGUACAGUGAAAUGUGCGUUUGGGUGUGGUGGGGUGGUUGGGGGUCUUAGCUGACACUAGUGUGGUAUGACACAGCCCAGCCCACGAAUGACAAACAUAGCACAGCACUUUAGAGACUGCCACUGUCACUCAGACACAUAGCCAGGAGGUUUUUGAUCUCUGCCCCUGCAGUCCCCUUUUUCCUACUGAACAGGAGGAGGAGAGGAUCCAAACCUCAGUGUAAGCGAGGAGUCCAAGGGAUGUGUGUUACCAAACAAAGCAGUCGGUCAUUAAAAGUGUGCCUCAUGCUCUCAUGACUUUGUUGGGUGGUGGUUUACCUUCUGGAACUGCCACUCGACACUUUGUUACAGCUAGGGCUGGGUGUCAAAACAAGAUAUCAGUACCUCCCAGAUUUUGGCAUCAACUUAGGAGGAGUCAAGGUUUUCUUCUUGAAGGGCAUUUUUACUAAGUAAAUUAACAUAAGUAGGAUCUAAAACUUCUUGAAAAGGCAGAAAAAAGCAUGAAUGGCAGAAAAUAAUUUUGUCUGUUGCAUAGUGAAGUAUGAUUUCAUUCAAGUGUCAUUUUACAGCAGGUAUAGAGAUGAAAUUAACAGAACCAGUGACAGUAUUGAAACUUUUCUCACGAUGCCCAGCCCUAGUAGCAGCACAUGGCGUUCUUUCAUCUUAGUGUAAUGCCCUGCCAUGUGUCUUGUCCCUGAUGGAGGGAAUGUGUGCCCAGCAGUAUCCCUGUCUUGAGCCUGUAGGGUGUCGACUAAAAACCAAGGGUGGUCUGUAGUUCUGUGGGUACCUUUUCAGUCCAGGGGGUGAAACCUUUCUAUUACAAGAGAUCUCUAAAAACACUGCACCUCACUUACCUUGGUAUGCUGCAUAUGUUAUACUACAUGAAAGAAAACUGCAAAUUGCUUUUAUUAUGACAUAUAUUGCUUGAGUAAUGCCUGAUUGCGAUAUUCUUAUACAGUAACUAUUUUAGAGUCAAAAUAAGUAUAACUGUAAAAAAUAUUCUCUGUUCUGUCUUAACACUUAUCCGAUUUUGGAAAAUUGUUCUUGAGCCGACUUUUAUUUUGUUGUCCUAUUUAAAUGUGUUGUUCUUUAAAUUUAUAUAUGAAAUAUAUAUAUGCGGAAUAUUUUAUGGUGUAUUUAUUGAGAGUGUGCGUUCAAGCGGCUGGAGUCUCCGCAUCAUAUUGCAGCAUGGUGGGGGCGGAGCCAGGAGGAUGAGGCCUUUAGCCCCUCCCCCUCCAUGUUGACGCCUUAUUCUCCUAGACACGCAAGCACAACAAUAUGGAGGGGGGUGCGAGGUGGAGAAAAGGGAAGAGGUGGAUUUGACCUGGUGAUACAAAGCCGUGUAUCCUGUUCUGGUUGAUAUUUACAGGUGAUCUCCCCCUCUUCCUUUUCUUAAUAUUCUUUACCCUCCACUCUUAUUUUACCACCUGAGACGGCCAAAUGCCAACCCCCACAUGUUGCAGCUCAUCUCUGACGAAGGGAACCAUUUCUGAACCACACUGACUUGAGUGUCGAAUAGCUGACUUUUUUUCAUCCCAAGCUGCUAAUUGGUACGUUAGCCAUGUAAAUUCCCAGAGCCAGUAAAGGGCAGGUGGGAGAGCUUAAAAUACAAAAGCGGCGGGGGAAAGGAAAGAAGGAAAGAUGUCAGAAAGGCAGAAUUCUUUGGAUCAUGGUGGAAAUUUUAGCGUAGGCGUUGCUUCUUUCCUAUUAAAGUUGUCUCCUGUCAAGUUUUUUUUUUUUUUUUUCUUGUGCCAGAACAUUUUACAGCAGGAACAGGUCUCAUUCCACAACAAAAAACAUGCCUCAGCCUUAAGUGCGUUCUUACAUAAUCGUCAGAUUUCUAUGUGACUUUGCAAUGCCUGUGUCGGGUGGACUACCAUGAAAACAAGCCUACAUACUUGAUCUGCCCUGAUUCCCCAACCGGCACCCUCAUCUCUUCUCAUUUCUCAUGUAAACCACUAACAUUGCUACAAAACUUAGUGAACUCUGAUGUACAAACAAGUGUAAGCUUUUGAAAAUUGCUUUGUCCCGCUUGUACUGAUGUCGGAACAGAAACCAGGUCUGGGUCAAACAGCAUUUGGAAUCAAUUCUUGGCAUUUGUUUUAACCAGAUGAGCAGUGCUUACUGCCUCAGGACAAUUCAGAUAUCAUCAUAUAAAUUAUGAAUGACAUGAAAACAUAUGCCAAUUUGACUUUUAUACACUUCCCUGUGUUUGUGUAAACUUACUGGUUGUCAUUGAAUUGUCAAUGAUAGCAAAUCCAAAGAACAGUUUUUUCAGAUACAGUUUGACCCGAGCCUGACAGGAACCAGGAGGUUCCCCAGAGUGCUGGAUUACAGAGACCUGUGCCUGUAUAAUGAACCAAGAAAGAAUUGUGUUGUGAUGAAUUGCUGUUUUCUAGUUUUAUUUUUUAUGUUGGUUGUCCCUCACCGCAUCGGAGGAUCAGAGACAUGGAGCUUUUGAGUGUUGUCUAUCCUGUUCCAAAUUAAAUAGGCCCUCUCUCCUUAUUUUAAUAAUUUUGGUUUAAUAAUGUUUACUGUAAUGUUUACUCCCAUGGCUAUCAGAUGUUUAACCUGUUUCCAUCCCAUUUGCAUUCCAAUAAUGACUUUGAACCAAAUAUUGCACAAGAGAUUAGGCUCCAGAUGCCGUUUUCCCCUUGUAUACACCAAAUGGUUUUGAAGACAGAUCUUUGACAGUGGCCAAGGAUUUAAAACAUUUUUCUGUGUACGGUGAUUGUUCAGAUUGUCAUAAUUGUUUCAAUGUAACAUCACUCUUGUAUCAGUUUUUUUUUUUUUUGGUCAAACUAAAGAUCUUGGGCUCUGAUACCUCUGAGUGAGGCACCAGCAAACGGAUGUACACGUUGAACAGUGAACCUUCACCACCAGAUGAUUCAUGUCUAAGUCUCUCUCUGUAUGUUGCAAAGGCUCUGUUGUACCAACAGCUCUAUUCCUUUUAGUUUUAAACGUCUUUCUUUUGUAAAUCUCUCAUAGGUUGUUGGCCUUUUAGUGUUGCUUUGCUUCAGUUUGAAGUGUAUCUUUGACUAAUACUUGCAAUAAAAUGCUUUGCUUUA